AUGACCGAGAAGGUCGAUCUGGAUGAUGAGACUAUAGCAUAUGUCCCUUGUGCUUUCUACUGUGUUAUGUUGGAAAUGGAAAAGUUCAAUUCUCGGCCUUUCUCAUACUCUAUCCUGAGUAUCCUCAAAAUAUGCAGCGUCAGCGUAAUGGAGUUCUUUGACAAAUUGGGCCGCUGGAUUGAUAUUGCUACCUCUUCAAAGAAGAUUCAAGAGCAUUCGUUCAAAAUUCAAUCAUCUCUGGCUGUUUCGGUUGUGAUCUACAAGAAGCUAUUACCAAUAUUUCGCAGUCUCUUUCAAUAUGUUCCUUCAAGCUCAAGCCAGACGUUCGAUUCAUACAGUUUAUUUUCAUUUAUCUGGUUAACUGUUAUAAUAAUGAAAAAAUCCUUACCCAGUGAGGAUCUAUUGACUUGCUUUCAUAUGCUCUUAUGUAUAGUUGAAUGGGUAUACAAAGAUCUCUGCUUUCAUGACUGUGAAGACCACGUCGAACCUGAAUCAGCUAUCCACAUGAUGGAAAAUAAAGACGGAGUACGGGUGCUCGAGGUGUUGUGUAGAUCAUUUGAUGGAGUGCUGCUUGAUGCGAAACAUUUUCGGACACAUUGGUUCAAUGUCAAGCGAGAAAGCAUAUUACCGUCAUUGAAACAUAAAGAUUUGGACCUACAGACGAACAUUGAACGUUAUCUGAAUUCUCUCAAUGAUGCAUACAAUGGUAUAAUGCUUCGGAAAGGAGAGAUCGAUGAGCGAAUGUUCAUCCCUGCUGAUAUCACCACUGUGUUUGAGCCGUCCUCUGAUUGAAUGAUGACUAUAUUGCAGCCUCUGCUGUGGAACUUUUGCGGCGUGGGUCGACUGAAAACCGAUUUGCUGAUGCUGAACUUCUUCUAA